AUGGAUCAAGUUGUUCACCCUCAAACAGAAGGGUCGUCCUAUGUGGCAAUAGGAGCCAGUAUGUUGAGGGACCUGGCACCAGCUACUUUCUUGAAUAGCAUUUUGAUCGAUGGUGAUGAUGAUGAAAUUGAGCAAGUUGAACAUUUCAAAUACAAACAGGACUUGGAAAGAAAGUUGACUGUGACUUCAAUUAUUGGCAUUGGAUUUACGUUGAUGGGUAUCCCAUUUGGCUUAUCGUCAACUUUAUGGAUUCUGUUAGUCGAUGGCGGUAAUGUGACGAUGCUUUAUGGCUGGUUGAUUGUCGGCUUCUUCAGUUUUUGUGUUGUAUUGAGCUUAUGUGAGAUCAUUGCAAAAUUUCCAACGGCAGGUGGUGUGUACCAUUUUAGUGCCAUAUUAAGCAACGAAAAAUAUUCAAUUGUUAGCUCGUGGUUUACUGGUUGGUUUCUUCUCAUUGGAAACUGGACAUAUGCCGUUAGCAUUCUUUUUUCGGGAUCGCAAUUCAUUCUUUCAAUCUUUGGUCUCCGAAAUGUGUACUAUAAGGAAGAUGUUCUGCUUGUUCUCGGAGUUUAUUUCAUCAUGUUGACUUUUGUUGGUUUUGUGAACUUUAAAUUCUCCAAAUACUUGGAACAUAUCAAUAAGCUCUGCAUUUUUUGGUCCAUUACAUCUGUUCUCAUUAUUGACAUAUUGUUGAUCAUUUUCGCAAAAAAGACUAACUCGAUUAAGCAUAUAUUAACACAUUUUGAUAACUCCAGAUCUGGUUGGCCUGAUCCUCUAGCCUUUAUGGUUGGGUUACAAAGCUCAUCUUUUACUUUAACAGGUUACGGUAUGUUGUUCGCGAUGACAGAUGAAGUUAAAAACCCAGAAAAAAAUAUGCCCAGGGGAAGUAUUAGUGCAAUUUCUAUCUCGAUCGUUCAGGGGUUGUUUUUCAUCAUUCCUAUUUUGAUCAUUCUCCCCGAGCUCUCUGUAUUAUUGGAUGAGACUCCAGAAAUAAUGCCAAUUGAUUUGGUGUUCAAAACUGCAACACAGUCUUAUGUUGUGUCGUUUUUAUUGAUUAUUCUUUUGAUUGGAACAGUUAUCUUCCAAGCAAUUGGCGCAUUGACAACGGCAUCGAGAAGCACAUAUGCUUUUGCACGUGAUGGAGGUCUCCCAUUCAAGGAUAUUUGGGUUUCUGUUGAUUCUGUGGAAUUGUACGUCUUGCCUAAGAAUGCCUUGUUCUUGUCCAUGGGAGUUUGUGCGGUGUUUUCGUUAUUAGCUCUCGUAUCUCCGUCAGCAUUUAAUGCAUUCAUGGGAGCAUCUGUCAUCUCAUUAGCUUUGGCUAAUGGUAUACCUAUUUUCUGCUUAAUGUUGAACAAGCGAAGAAAAAUCAAAGGCUCUGCUUUUAGACUUAAAUACUGCGGGUGGAUAAUCAAUUUCAUCUCCGUUUCUUGGGUCAUUCUUCUGACGUUCAUUCUCUGCUCUCCCCCUGUGAUAAAACACUUGACAUGGUCGUCCAUGAACUAUGCAAGUGUGGUUUUUGUUUUUUUGGUUGGAAUUGCAACAAUUGGUUAUUUGACGUGGGGGGCUAAUGUAUUCACAGGUCCUCCAAUUGACACAGACUACAUUGAGCUCCACAACUUGAAAGACACUGACAAGAUCACUGGUUUGGACGACGCAUUUAUCAUUACCGAGGAUGACAAAGACAUGGAAGAAGGACCAAGUUCAUUUAACGAUCACGAUGAAGCAGAUGAUAAUUUUGUGGUAGUGUCGGACACCCACUCAAACGAUGAACAAGACGAUGAACAAGAUGAUUCACCGACGGAUGUUCUUUUUGAACAACCUGGUGAUGUAAAAUAA